AUGUUGUUUGAUUUAGUCUAUUUUAUAUUGCUACCUAGCGUUCAAGCAUUUCAUCCACCAACUCUUACAACUGAAACUGGAGAAGUUCAGAAUGAUCCUACGAUUGGGUAUUUCAUUCAACGUGACGUCGGUGAAGACAUUCUCUUGACGUGUUCUGAUAUCACCAAUGAAGCUGUCGAGUACGCGUUCCCGAAUCUGACCGAUAAUCGUGGCUAUUCCGAAGAAGAUUUUAACUCACGCUAUACUAUUGAGGAUAUUUCCUAUGGCCAUACCCUCCAUAUCAGGAAUUUGAAGGUAUUCCAAUUGUUGUUUACGAGAAUAGAUCCUCAGUCUAGCCACAACCGUGUGUAA